ACUGUAAACAGAAACACCAUCAACAUCUCAAUGCUUCGCCAACUAAACUAACCUGUUGAAGUGUUCCACUGAAUCCUCUCAAAGUCCCACGCAUUGAUACACUGAUGCAGGUCCCCAUGAUUCACAGUCUUCUGCCAAGAACAUGUCCAAUUGGAAAUCUAGUUUUACAGACAAAAUUGAGAUUCAUUAUGUUAACGAAGAUUUUGAGAAAAUUAUAUUAUCAAGAUUACGUUUAGUUCCAUUAUCUGCCAAAGACUUUGAUGGGGUAGAGGCAUGUUUGAAAGCCUGUAGUUCAUGUAACUUGGCGUUGGAGGUAGAUUACGACAGGUUGGAAGAUGUUCAUACUAGGUUACUUACAGAUUUAUCCACGCUCCUUAAACAUCAACUGAGUGAGUGGUGGGUUGUUUAUCUGAGAACGGAUCCGCUUCUGAACGACUACGAGAACCAAAAUAGAUUUUUAAUGAAAAUGGAUGAAUUCAACAAAUGUCUACAGCAAAUGGUCUCAGAAAGUAAGACGAAGGAAACACUGUUGGAGGGGAAAUAUCAAAUAUUAUUUGAAAAGCUGCUACAAGCCUUUGGAAUUAACACACUCAGCCAGCCAUUUAUAAGUAAAACAAAGGCCAUGAUCAUGGGGCACAUGGUGUCAUCGAUGACUGACAUGCUAUGCAUACAACAUAGUCCAGCAAAUGAUAGACAGAUACUCUGUGUUUGUGAGGUCAAGAAGCCCAUUUCCUAUGAGGAAGAGGAUGGCACCCCUUGCAAAAAGAAAUUCAAAACCUCUCCACAAGAUGUAGCUGCUACACCUGGGGUUGAAAAACAUACAUCGGAGGAAGUUCAUUCAAUAUCAUCCAAAGAAAGCCUUGAACCUGUCUUGUCAUCUGCAAGUUCGUGUUCUGGUAUCCAAGGAGAUUGGGCGCAACAUAUUGGAGAACUAUUUGUAUAUUUGGACAAGUCUGUGAAGCAUAAUGGAAUACUAGGCAUUGCAAUUGACAAAACAUGGGUACGAUUUACCUUUCUAGAAGUUGAAGAAACUUGCAGAAAGAAAAUAAGAGACACACCUGCCAACCAUCGUGGACCUUUGAAGCUGGAGGCCUGGGAACAACCAAGGUUCUUCUACAGCAAGCCUUUCAACAUCUUAAAACAAGCAGAUCGCAUGGAUGUUUUCAAAGGAUUGUUGCUUAUUAGGUCAAUGCAAGAAAAGAUAAGCAAGGUUCAGUGAACUAGUUAUUUAUCUCAUGUGAUUUGUGUUUUCUUGGGCACAGGAGCCACUGCUAUGUUUUCAACUUCUGAUCACACAGGACCAAAUUGAACAAACCUUAGAUGGGGCGGCAUUGUCGUGAGGACUAAUAUGACCAUGGCUGAUUUGUUUGAAAAGGUUUUACAAUAUACAAGAUGUUUCAGUCAGAUGAAAAUAAACUAGUUUUGUUUUAA